GAUGGCGAAUCCCGUAUUAAGAAAAGAAUGAAUCUAUCAUUGACAUCGCCAUCCUUGGUUCAAUUACCAUUCUCACCAAAACAAAUUCCUCAAAUUUCAUUAUCACAACCUCGGGAUAACCUUGUCAACCAAUCACGUUUGAGCAUACACCUACGAAAGGUGACCGAGAGUUUUGUGCGAUGGUGA